GGGCCUCUCUAAAUCAUCCAGUGUGGUUCUAGUCAAAAUAUAGGGUUUGCUAUUAUCCAUGGUUUUAGGCAUCCAUGAAGAAUCUUGUACCAUAUUCCUCAUGGAUACAGGGGUCGUACUUCAUCAAUACUAUAAGUACAAAUGACUUUUAGUAUUACAAACAAUUACUAACACUACUUAUAAGUGACACUGUGUGGCAAAUGGUUCACAUACAAUACCCUUACAAAUAAUCUGUACUGUGGGUUAUUUCUUUAUGUUACAAAUAAGAGCCACCGUGGUUUGAGUGAUAGACUAGGAUUCUGGCAACCAGGAUUUGAUCCCUUCCUUGGUCACUGGGUGACCUUGGGCAAGUCACAUUCUUUCAGCCUCAGAAGAUGACAAAGCAAACCCACUCUGAACAAAUAUUGUCAAGAAAACCUCUUGAUUAGGUUACACUAAGUUUCUGGUACAAGCUCAGAAAAUUUUCUUUUUAGAAUCUUUCUUUUUGGAGAAUGCUAUUAAGUAUUACAGGCUAAAACACUUUGGGCUAAUAGAAAAAUAAAUCUCUCCCUCUCUCCCCCACCCUCUCUCUCUAUGCUCCCAGUAAGAAAUUCAACCUGGGAUUGGGAUCAUAACCUGUUCUGGAUGAGGGUAUUCCCUCUGAAAGGUCAUAACUUGUAGGUGCACUUGGACCCAGGGCUGUUCUUGCAGGUCAGGGUGAUGGCCAGGAGUGCCUUCGCCCAGCUUUGGCUGAUGAACCAGCGGCAUCCUUUUCCUUAUACAAGUGUUGAUGCCUCUUAGCUUCCAACACAAACAACAAGAUCCAGACACUGCCUACAGAAGAAGCAAACAUGUUCAUUUCCAUAAUUCCCGUGUUUAAAGUUUGAUUUGUGUUGUGGCUUUCAGACACAGAGUGAGAAAGUGGAGCACAAGUUAAAAGCAUGUUAAGUGUAUGGAUAAUUAGCAUGCACAAUGAAAAGGGGAAAUAAGCUCUUGCAAGUUUGUAGAAGCUUUCACUUCCUUUCACAUACCUCACAAUAAGCGAAGCUAGUUCAGUUUCAUUUGUGCAGUCAUCAUCAUGGGCAACUGGGUGGAAAAUGAGGGACUCUCCAUAUUUGUCAUUCUUGUGUGGCUGGGUUUAAAUGUCUUCCUUUUCUGGUGGUUCUACUUAUUUUAUGACCUCGGGGAACAGUUCUUCUACACAAGAAAGCUUCUUGGGCCAUAUCUGGCCCUGGCCCGGGCACCUGCAGCAUGUCUGAAUUUCAACUGCUUGUUAGUUCUGCUUCCUGUGUGUCGAAAUCUGCUCUCCUUCCUCAGAGGCUCAAGUGCGUGCUGCUCAGUGCGUGUCAGAAGACAAUUGGACAGGAACCUCACUUUUCACAAACUGGUCGCCUGGAUGAUUGCACUCCAUACUACAAUCCAUACAAUAGCCCACUUAUUUAAUGUUGAAAGGUUGGUUGAUGCACGAAAUGAAGAGGAGAAAACUAUCCAGGCUGUGCUGUCUGAUUUGGGUGAUCAGGACGGUGAAUCAUACUUGAAUUUCGCCCGAAAGAAACUUAUGAAUCCUGAGGGUGGUCUCUAUGUAGCAUUUACAACCUUGGCAGGACUCACCGGUGUCAUCAUUACAUUGUGUCUCAUACUAAUUAUCACAUCAUCUACUAAAACAAUUCGAAGAUCAUAUUUUGAAGUAUUUUGGUUCACCCAUCAUUUGUUUGUUAUCUUUUUUGCUGGUCUUGUCAUCCAUGGAGCAGGACAAAUUGUGCGUGGGCAGACAAAAGCUAGUUUACGAGUGCAUAAUCCAGAAAUCUGUGUCAGAAAUUACACCAACUGGGGGAAAUUGCCUUCUUGUCCUAUACCACAGUUUUCUGGAAAUCCUCCUAUGACAUGGAAAUGGGUGGUGGGCCCUAUGAUUCUAUAUGUCUUUGAAAGGCUUGUGCGCUUCUGGCGAUCACAACAAAAGGUUGUUAUCACAAAGGUUGUCACUCAUCCUUUCCAAACCUAUGAACUCCAGAUGAAGAAAAAGGGCUUUAAGAUGGAAGUGGGACAAUACAUUUUUGUCCAAUGCCCUGCAGUCUCCAUGCUGGAAUGGCACCCUUUCACAUUGACUUCUGCUCCUGAAGAGGAUUACUUCAGCAUUCACAUACGUGUUGUAGGGGAUUGGACAGAUGGCUUGUGUAAAGCUUGUGGAUGUGACAAAGAAGAAUUCCAAGAUGCCUGGAAAUUGCCCAAAAUAGCUGUUGAUGGCCCCUUUGGUACUGCUAGUGAAGAUGUAUUCAGUUAUGAAACUGUGAUGUUGGUUGGGGCUGGCAUUGGAGUUACCCCUUUUGCAUCAGUCCUCAAGUCGGUGUGGUACAAAUACUGUAAUGAUGCCAUUAACCUCAAACUCAAAAAGAUCUAUUUCUAUUGGCUCUGCAGAGACACCCAUGCUUUUGAAUGGUUUGCUGAUCUUCUGCAAUCACUGGAGAUUCAAAUGCAAGAAAAGGAUAAUGCAAACUUUCUCAGCUACAAUAUCUAUCUUACUGGCUGGGAUGAGUCUCAGGCUACUCAUUUUACAGUACACCAUGAGGCAGAGAAAGAUGUGAUUACAGGUUUGAAGCAGAAAACCUUGUAUGGAAGACCAAACUGGGAAAAUGAGUUCAAAACAAUUGGAAGUCAGCAUGCAAGUUCCAGGAUUGGUGUUUUCCUGUGUGGACCUGAAGCCUUGGCUGACACCUUAAAUAAAAUGUGCAUUAGCAAUUCAGAUGCUGACCCACGAGGAGUACACUUCAUAUUCAACAAAGAAAAUUUCUGAACGUAUCUGCUCCACAAAAGAAUAGCUGCAUUGUAUUCAUAUGCUUGUGUGUAUGUGGAGUUUGAGCACAACAGGGCUUUCAUUGUUAGUAAACACCCUGCUUACUAGAAUUUUAAAAAAUGUUCCAGAUAUGCUUGCAUUGCUUCUGUAUUUGGUAUAGCUCUGCCAAAAAAAAAUGCUUUCUUCAAUUUAACCUAUUGUGGAUUGCAUUUGUAUACAUCCUGAACUCAAUUGGACUUACUACAGAGCAGUCACACACAAGUUGUAUGGUUAAUUUGACACAUCUCUCAUCUGUAAUUACAAAAUUCCCCUAUACAUAAGAGGCCGAAAUCUGAUACACGUUUUCAAACACUUUACAGUAGAGUCUCACUUAUCCAACAUAAACGGGCUGGCAGAAUGUUGGAUAAGCGAAUAUGUUGGAUAAUAAAGAGGGAUUAAGGAAAAGCCUAUUAAACAUCAAAUUAGGUUUUGAUUUUACAAAUUAAGCACCCAAAUAUCAUGUUAUACAACAAAUUUGACAGAAAAAGUAGUUCAAUACGCAGUAAUACUAUGUAGUAAUUAGUGUAUUUACAAAUUUAGCACCAAAAUAUCACAAUGUAUUUAAAACAUUGACUACAAAAAUGCGUUGGAUAAUCCAGAACAUUGGAUAAGCGAAUGUUGGAUAAGUGAGACUCUACUGUACCUUGGAAUCUCCCAUGCCACUUUAGUUCCAUCACAUCCUUUCCAGCUACAAUAGUAGAAACGGUUGAUUUUUUAAGCUUGCCACAGUCAGUGGUCCAAACAGGGUUGCCAGGUCAGGUUUAUUCUUGGCUAUGUGAGGACUUCAUUGGAGGUAGAAAAACUCAGAGAGCAGAGAGAAACCUGUAAUAACUAGGAUGUAUUUUUCUUUUUAAAAAUCAUUUUACAUGAACACUAGAAUAGUAACACUUAGAGUGCCUUUACACUAGAAUUAAUGCAUGUUUCAUGCCACCAUGGCAUCAUGGGAGUUGUAAUUUUAGAACUGUAGCCUUCUCUAGCAAAGAGUAUUAGUAUCUCACCAGAAUUCCAUAGGAUUGAGCCACGGUAGAGCAGUGUCAAACUGCAUUUUUGCACAGGAAAUUUCACCCUUUUGAUCUAACAAUUUCAUACUUGUGUGCCUUCAAGUCGUCCGUGGAUUCAUGGCAACCCCAUGGGAUUACAUAAAGUUUUCUUAGGCAAAGAAUGCUCAGAGCUGGUUUGUCAUUUCCUUCUUCGGAAACAGCCUACAGCACCUGUUAUUUCUUUGCAAUCUACCACCCAAGUGCUAAACAGAGCUGACACUGCUUACCUUCCAAAUUUAUUUUCUAGUUCUUUGUUUGUGUAUAAGACAGGAUUAAUGAUUGCUGUGAUGUGAUAUGCAAUGCUUUUAUUAUAUGUGCAUUAAAUUAGAAUAUUAAUAUUUUGA